AUGUGUUUGUUUACGGCGGGCUAUCACGCCACCUGCAUCACACCAUUUACAAAGCAUGGACGCUGUCACCUGUACCGCACCGGUUAAUAUUGCAGUUAUAAAGUAUUGGGGAAAGAGAGAUGAGGCACUUAUUUUACCUAUCAAUAGUUCUCUCAGUGCUACCCUUAGCCAGGAACAGCUGUGUGCCAAGACAACUGUAGCGGUCAGUGGUCAGUUUACCAGGGACAGGAUGUGGCUCAAUGGCAAAGAAGAGUCCUUGGAAAAUCCUAGAUAUCAAAAUGUGCUUAGAGAGAUAAGAAGGAGGGCUAGAAAAAGGAAAAUUGCAGGAGAAGGAGAAGAAAAAGGAACAAGUUUGUCUGAUGCCCUCAGCUGGCAUGUUCAUAUUUGCUCUGUGAAUAACUUCCCGACUGCUGCUGGUCUGGCCUCAUCUGCUGCUGGCUUUUCUUGUCUAGUUUACUCUCUGGCAAAGCUGUUCAAAAUAGAAGGUGAUAUCAGCGAGAUAGCCAGGCAGGGCUCGGGCAGCGCUUGUCGUAGUUUAUAUGGAGGGUUUGUCAGCUGGAACAUGGGAGAGAAAGACGACGGCACAGAUUCAGUAGCGGAGCAGCUGGUCACAGAAAACCACUGGCCUGAGCUACGGAUAUUGAUACUUGUGGUCAGUGACCAGAAGAAACACAUAGGCAGCUCAGCAGGAAUGGGAGUGAGUGUGAAGACAAGUGAACUCCUGAGGUACAGGGCAGAGCACAUUGUACCCAGAAGAAUGAAGGAGAUUGAGACUGCCAUACAGAACAAAGAUUUCCAGACAUUUGCCAAAAUCACCAUGCAGGACAGCAACCAGCUCCAUGCCUCCUGUUUGGAUACCUACCCACCCAUCAUCUACCUGAAUGAUACGUCUAAACAGAUCAUGCAUCUAGUCCACAAAUACAAUGACUUCUGUGGACAAAUUAAGGUUGCCUAUACAUUUGAUGCAGGUCCCAAUGCCUGUCUGUAUUUACUGGAGGAGGAAGUGGCAGGCGUACUAGCCAUGGUAAACCAUUGUUUUCCACCAAUAGAGCAGAACGGAGACCAGCAUAUUAGAGGGCUACAAGUGGAAGAAUUGCCUAUUCAGAAGGAUUUAAAAGAAAGUUUGGGGUUCACACCUCUAUCCCCAGGGGCAUUGAAGUACAUCAUACAUACCAAGGUGGGAACUGGGCCACAAGUGCUGCCAUCUACAGAAUGUCUGCUGAAUGAAAAUGGACUGCCUAAAGAUGCACAUUCAUGAUGAGGGCUCGUGCUCAGCCUUUAGACACUCUUAGAAACCCAGGGUGUUGAAAAAAUGAAUCAUCUGUUAAAAGGCAGAGAAAUAUUGAGCCUUGAAGACAUUAGCAUAUUAAUAAUUCAGUCUUAGCUUAUACAGGAAAGAGGUGUUGGCUUUAUGUUCUGACACAUCUGUGUCUGUACAUAAAAAGUAACAUUUGAAAAUAAUAUGCCCGUGUCAAAUAAAAACUUAAAGAACCAGUUUCAUACGUGGUUUGCUUAUUAUUUUCUUUAUUGUAUAGAUAGUCCAAUACACCUACUGCUUGCUAUAAAAGCGUACACUGAUGAAAGUACUUUAAUUUAUGCCAAUCAAAGUUUUAUACUUUCAAUAAAUCUUCACUGAUUUGAGCAAGAUCUGGUUUCAUAACAUCUCUCAUUUUGAAGUAAGCAAUAUCUUUCAUAUAUAUCUAUAGCAUAGCAAUGAGGUCAGUGUUGCCAUCUCACUUGCAGUGGAUAUACAUUGCAAAGGCAUCAUCACCAU